GUGGGAAAAAUCCCCUGCUCUUUGCCGACCUUCCCUUAUGUCUCACGGCCCUGCUCCCAUGGGGCUUCCUCUAACGUCUUUCCAUCAUGGUCUUAACAACCAUUACGUCAGUGCGUCGGUGCAGUUACCUUAAGAGUUGUCUAAAGGCUCCUUUGCUUUUGGGAAAUGUGCUCAGAGGAAGAACUCUGCGGCUGAACUGUCCCUCCCUCUGGGGCUGCCCUGGGUCUUUGGCUGCCUGUGUCCUCAGGGUGGGGCAGGUUGGCACUUCCCUCUGGCUCUCCCUGGAGCAGGGCUUGCCGCUUGUCCUCCUCUCUACUCACAAAACCCUCCUGGAUGGGAUCCUGCUGCCCUUUAUGCUGCUCUCCCAGGGCCUGGGUGUGCUCCGUGUGGCCUGGGACUCCCGCACCUGCUCCCCUGCCCUCAGAGCUCUGCUGAGGAAGCUUGGGGGGCUUUUCCUGCCCCCAGAGGCCAGCCUCUCCCUGGACAGCUCUGAGGGGCUCCUUGCAAGGGCUGUGGUCCAGGCGGUCAUAGAGCAGCUGCUGGUUAGUGGGCAGCCCCUGCUCAUCUUCCUGGAGGAACCUCCUGGGGCUCUGGGGCCACGGCUGUCAGCCCUGGGCCAGGCUUGGGUGGGGUUUGUGGUGCAGGCAGUCCAGGUGGGCAUCGUCCCAGAUGCUCUGCUGGUACCAGUGGCCGUCACCUAUGACCUGGUUCCGGAUGCACCGUGUGACAUAGACCAUGUGAGAAUGCCUCGGCCCCCCCUGGGGCUGUGGACAGGAGCUCUGGCUGUCCUACGUAGCUUGUGGAGCCGCUGGGGCUGCAGCCACCGGAUCUGCUCCUGGGUGCACCUAGCUCAGCCCUUUUCCCUGCAGGAAUACAUCGUCAGUGCCAGAAGCUGCUGGGGCGGCAGACAGACCCUGGAGCAGCUACUGCAGCCCAUCGUGCUGGGCCAAUGUACUGCUGUCCCAGACACUGAGAAGGAGCAGGAGUGGACCCCCAUAACUGGGCCUCUCCUGGCCCUCAAGGAAGAGGACCAGCUCCUGGUCAGGAGACUGAGCUGUCAUGUCCUGAGUGGUGAGGGUGAACCAGAUCUGGGCCUUUGCGGGUGGGUCACUGAACCGUCCCCUCUCGGGGUCAGCCAGUCACCAGGGUUCUCCAUUCCAAGUGAGUGUCUGCACCUGAGGCGCUCUGUGGUACCUCGGGGACAUCUGAAGAAGAAUGGAACCCUUCUCCUACAGGAGGAGCAGGCAGCCAGGGCCAUCAUGAGGGAGCAGCUAAGUGCAUGCACAAAGAUGGUGGCCGGAGGCCAGGAGGCUGCAGCUGCUUCCCCAAGGCCACACCCAGCCCUGCCUUCUGAGCGGAGUCUCCUUAGCUUUGGCCAGUGUGGGGAGCUCUGCGGUGAUGAGCACGGCCAUCAUGGCGACGCUGCUGCUCUUCAAGCAUCAGGUGUGUUCCUGUCGCAGCUCCUGGGGGAGUUCUCCUGGCUGACGGAGGAGAUACUGUUGCGUGACUUUGAUGUAGGCUUCUCUGGGCAGCUGCGGAGCCUGCUGCAGCACUCACUGAGCCUGCUUCGGGCGCAUGUGGCCCUGCUGCGCAUCCGCCAGGGCGACUUGCUGGUGGUGCCGCGGCCUGGCCCAGGCCUCACACACCUCACCUGGCAUGGCUGAGUGCUGAGCUGCUGCCCAUCUUCCUGAGCGAGGCUGUGGGCGAUCAUUGAAUGGACUGCUGGGCUAGACCUGGAAAAUUCUUCUGCCAAGUGUACUAUAUGUCUAGGUUCAUGUCACUGUGUGAUAUCGGUGUCCUUGUGACAACUGUAGGGGGAUAUAAGAGCAACAGUGAAAUAAAGUCAUCUCUCACAG